CAUGUGCGUUCCUGUGGCCAAGAGGAAAGGGUCUUCAGGUGGAGGAGUCGGGCCUGGGGCAAGGGACAGACUCAGCUUUGAGAAAUUCAGGAGCAGCGGGCAGAGAAGUCUGGGAGGAGCUGGACGCAGAAGAUGACGUAACGGGAGGAGAAGUUUGCACUGAUGGCUCAGAAGGCCUACGUGAUGGAAAGUAUGUCCUACCUCACCGCGGGGAUGCUGGACCAGCCCGGCUUCCCCGACUGCUCCGUCGAGGCCGCCAUGGUGAAGGUGUUCAGCUCGGAGGCCGCCUGGCAGUGCGUCAGCGAGGCCCUGCAGAUCCUCGGGGGCUCGGGCUACAUGAGGGACUACCCGUACGAGCGCAUGCUGCGGGACUCCCGCAUCCUGCUCAUCUUUGAGGGAACCAACGAGAUUCUCCGGAUGUACAUUGCCCUGACUGGACUGCAGCACGCCAGGCACACCCUGACCGCGAGGAUCAAGUGGGUGUCAUUCCCUCAGGACCACGUGGUCCACCUGCCCAGCAGAAGCCCACCUGGGGCAGCAAUAGAAAGCAGCUGCCCUGGGCUGGGAGGGCCCUUUCACACUGGGGAAGGACCUAGGCUGAUCCCGGCCUGGGCCCUGUCCAGGUGA